CUUCUUCUAGUUGCCAUGGAGACCAGCCCCAGUCCUUUCAUUCCUUCUGGUACCGGGAACAUUUCCCCAGCGCAGGCGCAACACCACCUUCUCCUCCGCCCUGCCCGGGUCCCCUCCCCGCCACCGUCUCCUCGCCUUGGGAGCCUCUCAUUGGGCAGAGGCGCGGUCGAUCCGCCUCGAGUCGCGGAGUCGAUUGGACGGGAGGUCCUCGGCCCCCCACCCUGCUCGGAUUGGCUUGCUGCACGUUGGCGCAACGGAAGAGGCGGCCGAGUGGGGGAUCGCCUCUGCUCCGGCUGGGCUGCAGCGGAGGAGGUGACGAGGAGGCCGGCGCUGGGGAGCUGGCUCGGGCGGCAGCGGAGGCUGCUGCGGAUGGGAGCGUGUCGGCUCGGCGCGCCCAUGGAGCGCCACGGCAGGGCGGCCGCCACCUCCGUCUCGUCGGCUGGGGAGCCGGCGCCCGAGGGGACCGAAGGGCGGAGGCGGGAGCCGCUGCGGCGUCGGGCGAGCAGCGCGUCGGAGCCCGCGGCGGGAGCCUCGGCGGAAGGCGUGAGACGGCACCGGCCCGGCUCCUACAGCGGCCCCACCUCGGUCUCCCGCCAGCGUGUGGAAAGCCUAAGAAAGAAGCGGCCGCCUUUUCCAUGGUUUGGCUUGGAUAUUGGUGGAACCCUGGUCAAGCUGGUUUACUUUGAACCCAAAGACAUCACUGCUGAAGAAGAGGAGGAAGAAGUGGAAAGUCUUAAAAGCAUUCGGAAGUACCUGACCUCCAAUGUGGCUUACGGGUCCACGGGCAUCCGGGAUGUGCACCUCGAGCUGAAGGACCUGACUCUGUGUGGACGCAAAGGCAAUCUGCACUUUAUACGCUUUCCCACUCAUGACAUGCCUGCUUUUAUUCAAAUGGGCAGAGAUAAAAACUUCUCGAGUCUCCACACUGUCUUUUGUGCCACUGGAGGUGGAGCGUACAAAUUUGAGCAGGAUUUUCUCACAAUAGGUGAUCUUCAGCUUCGAAAACUUGAUGAACUAGACUGCUUAAUAAAAGGGAUUUUAUAUAUUGACUCAGUUGGAUUCAAUGGACGGUCACAGUGCUAUUACUUUGAAAAUCCUGCUGAUUCUGAAAAAUGUCAGAAGUUACCGUUUGAUUUGAAGAAUCCAUACCCUCUGCUUCUGGUGAACAUUGGCUCAGGGGUUAGCAUCUUAGCAGUAUAUUCCAAAGAUAAUUACAAGCGGGUCACAGGUACCAGUCUUGGAGGAGGAACCUUCUUUGGUCUCUGCUGUCUUCUUACUGGCUGUACCACUUUCGAAGAAGCUCUUGAGAUGGCAUCUCGUGGAGAUAGCACUAAAGUGGAUAAACUAGUGCGAGACAUUUAUGGAGGAGACUAUGAGAGAUUUGGACUGCCAGGCUGGGCUGUGGCUUCGAGCUUUGGAAACAUGAUGAGCAAGGAGAAGCGAGAGGCUGUCAGUAAAGAGGACCUUGCCAGAGCAACUUUGAUCACCAUCACCAACAACAUUGGCUCAAUAGCACGAAUGUGUGCCCUUAAUGAAAAUAUUAACCAGGUGGUAUUUGUUGGAAAUUUCUUGAGAAUUAAUACGAUUGCCAUGCGACUUUUGGCGUAUGCUCUGGAUUACUGGUCCAAGGGGCAGUUGAAAGCUCUCUUUUCAGAACAUGAGGGUUAUUUUGGAGCAGUUGGAGCACUCCUCGAGCUAUUGAAGAUCCCCUGAUCAUUACCUUCCUGGAACCUUUCGUAAUGGCAUCUGUGGACUUCUGUUUUUUUAAAGACAUUCAGUUUUAUGAUUGUGUAUUACCUGAAUCAAAGCAAGAAAGGACAAGUGGAUUUUUCUAAGUCAUCAAGAUAAAUCCUUAAAAAUUCAGUCUAAACUAAAAAAAAAAAAGUGGACCAUGUCCACAGCAGUGAGGAUUUGCUGAUUUCAGUUUCUCCUCAGUGUGGCACAGUUAAACCUGCUGUGUAAUCUCUGUCUCAGCACCACUCACUGGAGACACCAGGCAAGAGCUCUUCUGUGUUCAGCUGACUGUGGCUUUGUGUCCUCUGUGAGCUUGCUAAAUGUAAGGCAAGCUGCCGUGUGCUGUAACCGAAUCACAAUUUUGUCAAUAUGGCCUUGGAGAUCA